CUCCAUUCUCUCCAUAUCACCCUCCUCCUCCACGCCGCCUUUCCCCGGAAAAAUUCGUGACUUCAGCGUUGGGGUGUUAAUGUGUUGGUAGAAAAAAUCCGAGCUUGAGCUUUCAGAUCUUGUCACAUUUAUUUGUAUACCUAAGAUUUCGAUCCUCUGUACAACUGUCCCUACGACGUUGCGGCACUAUAAGUCCUGCACACCUCAUUCUCGACCCUCACAUCACAACAAGCCAAUCGAUAGCGCAUCAUGGCUGCACGACGCUCGAGUCGCUUUUUGAAGCCACUUGCCUACGCAGCGGGAGCUGGUCUAGCUGGUAGCGCAGUGCUGUACACAGUCGUUCGACCGCGAGACAUUCCUGGCACAGAAGCUGCUGCGGUACCACCACCGACGUACGGCGAAGGCGGCGUUUUCAACCCUCCCAAGUUCCCAAAUGUCCCCUCGAGAGACGAGCAGAUUGCGAAGCUGAAGGCUAGCGGAGGCGUCGUUGCGCAGAUUGCGGAGAAGACGAAGCAUUUCCUCACAGGGAGCACAACGCCGCCUGAGCAGAAGCCUGAGCAGGAGGAGUAUGACCUUUUGGUCAUUGGUGGCGGUGCAACUGGUGCUGGUAUCGCGCUUGAUGCUGUCACACGAGGUCUGAAGGUUGCAAUGGUUGAGCGUGACGACUUCAGCAGUGGUACUAGCAGUAAGAGUACAAAACUGGUACACGGAGGUGUCAGAUACCUUGAGAAGGCUGUCUGGAAUCUGGACUACAACCAAUACUCUCUUGUCGUCGAAGCUCUCCGCGAACGCCGAUACUUCUUGGACACCGCGCCGCAUCUCUCACAAUGGCUUCCCAUCAUGAUCCCCAUCCAAAAGUGGUGGCAGGCCCCUUACUUCUGGGCUGGUACUAAGUUCUACGACUUUUUGGCUGGUUCAGAGAACAUUGAGAGCUCAUACUACAUGACGAAGAGCAAGGCUCUGGACGCCUUUCCUAUGUUGAAGAAGGAGGGUCUUUUCGGAGCUUUGGUCUACUACGAUGGCGCACACAACGAUUCUCGCAUGAACGUCUCUCUGGCCAUGACAGCAGCUUUGUACGGCGCCACCGUUGUGAGCCACGUCGAAGUCACCGGUCUCACAAAGGAUGCCAACGGCAAGCUCAACGGCGCUGUUGCGAAAGAUCUCGUCGCGGAAUUGGACGGCAAGAAGGCCGAACCGUUCAACAUCAAGGCGAAGGGUAUCAUCAACGCUACUGGACCAUUCACCGACUCCAUCCGCAAGAUGGACGACCAAAAGGUUCCAGAGAUCGUUGCUCCUAGCUCUGGUGUCCACGUUAUUCUCCCUGGCUACUUCAGCCCUGCCAACAUGGGUCUCAUUGACCCUAACACCUCUGACGGACGUGUUAUCUUCUUCCUGCCAUGGCAAGGCAACACAAUCGCCGGUACCACAGACACUGCUUGCGACGUCAAGCAGAACCCCGUUGCUGGCGAGGACGAGAUCGAGUGGAUCCUGAAGGAAGUCAAGCGCUACCUGCAGCCCGAGAUCAACGUCAGGCGUGGCGAUGUCCUGGCUGCGUGGUCUGGUAUCCGUCCCCUUGUCCGCGACCCUACUAAGGACAAGUCGGAAGGUCUCGUACGCAACCACUUGGUGACCAUGUCCGACUCUGGGCUGCUCACUUGUUCUGGAGGAAAGUGGACAACUUACCGCCAGAUGGCUGAGGAAACCGUUGACGAGGCCAUCAAGGAGUUCAAGCUGACUCCCCAGGCUCUCUCAGACGCACCAUUGGUCAGUGGCACUCAGGUCAAGGACGAGGCUCCUCUCGAUGGAACCUGCCAGACUCACCGUGUCCGCCUCGUUGGUGCCCACGGCUUCUCCAAGACCCUCUUCAUCAACUUGGUUCAGCAUUACGGCAUCGAGACCGAUGUAGCCAAGUACCUCUGCCAGGCCUACGGUGACCGUGCCUGGACUGUCGCUGCGCUCUGCGCACCCACAGAAACCCGCUUCCCCGUCCGCGGUAAGAAGAUCUCCGAGCUGUACCCCUACGUUGAUGGUGAGGUCCGCUACGCCGUCCGCCACGAGUACGCACAAACCGCCACCGACGUUAUCGCGCGCCGCAUGCGUCUCGCCUUCCUGAACGCGCAAGCCUCGCUCGAGGCCCUCCCCAAGGUCAUCGACAUCAUGGCCGAGGAGCUUAAGUGGGACUCUAAGCGCAAGGACACCGAGUUCGCGAACGGAGUCAAGUACCUGGGCUCCAUGGGCUUGCCUAAGAACAAGCUUAGCCUGACGCGCAAGGAUGUCGAGAGCGGGAAAGUAGGCACAUACACCGACGAGGAGUACCAGCUCUACGCACGCCAUGACAAGCCUGAGGAGCUGCUCGAGAGCGACUCCAAGUACGCACAGGGGCAUAACCCGGUUGUUGGCCGCGACUCGCCCGUCAACAAAUAAACGACUGGUACGGCUGGUUGUGUAGAUCUGGUUUGGGCAUCUUGUAUAUUGUUGCAUAAUCGGCGCGUUUGUUCUUGUGGAGUCUUGAGGAGGUAGUUGCUAAGAUACCUAUCAUCCACAGCGUACGCCCUCGUUUGGAUGUCCGCAAAAUCAGUAUUUGUAUAUAUCCUUGUUCAAUACCUAGCUCUUGUAUAUUUGAAAAGCCCGGCGAAUACGAGAAGAC